UCAGCGGAAGCCCAUGGAAAUACACAACUCAGCAAUGGAAGGAUGUUGGACCUGCUGGUCCAUUCUGCUUACCUUUGAACAUUUUGUUGGCGCAGAAGGGUUCUUGCAUGCGGAGGAGAUCAGGUUUAGGGGAAUCUAUAAUGGCUGUGCAGAAAUAGAGCUGUAUCGACCCGGCAGCUAUCGACAUCGAGAGCUUAAUCUCCGAUUCUUUACCACCGAUACAAGACCCCCCUACACGCCAUGGACGGCGGUGCUGAAACCCCUUUCUUCGAUCGAUGCCUCAAUCCGAGCCAAGUCUCUUACAUGGAUAGCUAGGCAAAUCAAUGCCUGUUUGAAAAAACACAACACCUGCGAAGAUACUUCGGUGUCGAAUCUUCCGACCCGCGUUGUUGACGUCAACUAUGCACCUCAAAGAGUGCGUAUCAUAUCAACCAAUGGGGCUAGUGGAACGUAUAUCACACUCAGUCAUUGCUGGGGUGAUCCGGGUCUUAUGAGUACCAAACUCACCGCUCAUAAUCUCGAAGAGUAUAUGAAUGAGGGUAUCUCGAUUGAGGAUCUCCCACGCACAUUCCGGGAUGCGGUCGAGUUAACCAAAGACCUUGGCGUCUCAUAUCUGUGGAUCGACUCCUUGUGCAUUGUUCAAGCAGAUCCAAGUAAAGAUAUGGAAAGUCACGCCAAGAUGGUGAGAGAGGACUGGGAGCGAGAGUCCGCCUCCAUGUGUACGAUUUUUGCUGGUUCAUACGUCACUCUGGGUGCAAUGGCUUCUCCUGAUUGCCAGGGAGGUCUCUUCGCUCCUGUCAAGCAGCGUCUUAUCAGUUUUGAUACUAUGCCCGAUGGUUCCCAUUCCUAUCUCUACGCCGAGGAACACCACAAUCACGACGAGAAAUAUCUUCUCGAAUCCCGUGCAUGGGUUUAUCAGGAGACCCUUGUGUCGCCACGCAGUCUGCAUUUCUUAGGUCGCGAGGCUAUGUUGCUCUGUCGAGGCUACCAUUCAUUCCAAUGUGGCCGACGUGACCUCGCUUCAGGGCCGAGCAUGGAUAUAGCAGGCAGACAAACUGCUUUCUUCAAACUCCCUGCGAGAGCUACCAAACAUGGGGCUGGAACUCAGCUAGACACUUCAGUUUCACGGGUCAAGAGCAAGUUUGAUAAAUCACUUCCAUGGGCCAAAUGGCAAUUGCUAGUCGGUCGCUAUGGCCACCAAACCGACAUUAGUUUUGCGAGUGACAGACUCAUAGCAAUUGAGGGGCUUGCUGGAUAUUUGCAGCACAUGAGGCCUGGCGAGCGCUACUUUGGGGGACUUUGGUCGGGCUCAUUUACCAAAGACCUGCUCUGGACAAUAAGAAUCCACGGCCACGAGCGACUGCGAGUUGGUCCAGAUACCAUCAAGACGAAUUGGAGCAGCGAAAAGUGGCUUUUCCCAACAUGGUCAUGGGCCUCGCUAAGCGAUGAGCGGCAUCGUAUCAAUGUAAGAUACAAUGAUUUCAGUGAGAGGGUGAACCUCUCCCUCCACGGCCCCGGAUCAGGCGAGGAGCAGCUCUACCCGGAUAGCGCCUUCUUGUUACGUCCUGUCGGCGAGCCUUUUGCACAAAACAAGAUAGCAAACGGACAACAGAAGCCUCAGCAUCCCACCGAAAAAAGGCGCUACUACGAACUCAAAGUGGAAGGCAUUCUCAUUCCAAUCCCACCGUCACUGUUGAUUACAGGGGAGGUGGGAAUGUUUCUCCCCAAAAUCCACUGUAACUGGCGCCACUUCUGGUGUGACUUUGGGCUUCUCGCCUUCCACGACUGGUUUCGUAAAGAAUAUCCUGAAGGAUCUGCUGAGCCAACGUUUUACUGUCUGCGUAUGAUGAAAUACAUAGGUCGGUCUGGACACUAUAUGGGCUUGGUGCUCCGUUGCGUGGACGAGGAAAACCAACUUUACGAAAGGCUUGGGGUCUGGGAACAGCGGUAUGUCUUGAAAGUGGGCGACCCUGAAGAGUUUCUGGACGAACACAGUUCCGCCAAGAAGAGGAAUUGGAAGCCAGAUUGGUGGCAAGAAGCAGGUGCGGAGGCUGAGCCGGAGCCCAGGGUCAUAAGUUUGGUUUGAGUCUUGGGAUGUCUUGCUUCGUGAGGAAGGUUGCUGAUCGGAGUACAUGUUUCGUGCCUCUAUAGUGCGCAUUCUUUGUAUUUCAGGUCUCUCGUGUUGUACCACUGUCUUGUUUUUUUUGUUUUUUUUUGUUCUUCUCUCGCGAUCGUUCUCUUCCUUCCGUUGGUUAGAAAUCUAAGAUGAUCACAUCCAACCAGCCAGCCAGCCACCUCGGAGGAAGAAGAUGAAGAAGGGGGAGGGGAAGAUGGAGGGGUAGGCUACUUACCAGUAGAAGCGACAAAUGCCGUUGACAAUAUGAAUGCCCGAGAGGUUCAUGAAAACGCCUGAGACCUGUUUGGCGAAUCUGGUGUCAGUCACAGUUUCCACAUAGGUAUAUACUCUACUGUUGUAGCCGGGCUAGCAGAGUAGGUAGGUAAAGUCAUUGCAUUCGUUG